AUGCGGAGAGGCGUCACCAUAUUUAUUGUCGUGACCAUUUUGGUCCUCGGUUUCGCCGUUCACAGCGUGUGGACUUUGUUGGGCCUGUUGAUCGCCACGGGCCGUGAGGAUGCCAUUCUCCGCGGCGAACUGCCCGCCCCCAAUUCUGGUACCAUUAGCCAGCAGCCACAAUUGAUCCCCAAGAUCAUCCACCAGACCUACAUCAACGAGAGCAUACCGAAACACUGGAAGGGCCCCCAGCAGAGCUGCUUGGACUUGCACCCCGACUACGAGUACAAGCUAUGGACUGAUAAGAAGUCGCGCGAGUUCAUUGCUGCCGAAUACCCAUGGUUCCUCGAAACCUUUGACGGCUACCCGUACCCCAUUCAGCGCGCCGAUGCCAUUCGAUACUUUGUGCUGCAUCACUUUGGUGGCAUCUACAUUGAUCUAGACGAUGGAUGCAACCGCAGUCUCGACCCGCUCCUCGCCUACCCGGCCUGGGUUCGUCGAACCCUUCCCACUGGCAUUUCCAACGAUGCCAUGGGCGCCAUUCCCCGCCAUCCCUUCUUCCUCAAGGCCAUUGACUCGUUGACCGACUACAACCGCCGGUGGCCACUUCCCUACAUCACCGUCAUGGCCUCUACCGGCCCGCUUUUCCUCAGCAUCAUCUGGCGCCACUACAACAACGCGGACCCCCUCGACCAAGAUCGCGUGCGCAUCCUCUUUCCCGACGAGUACAACAACCAUCCCUGGAGUUUCUUCACCCACCACCUGGGCAACAGCUGGCACCAAACCGAUGUCAAGGUCAUCUUUUGGAUGGCUAAGCACUGGCUCUUUGUCACGUUUAUUGGAUUCGCCAUUGGCUUCUCGAUACUCGGCCUGCUGUAUAAAAUCUUCUUCCUGACCAACAAGCGAUCGAAUUCGCGGCCAUCCUCGCCCACUUCGCCAAGAAUUCGCUUCCUGAGUCCGCGCGUGCCCUUUUACCGCCGCAUAAGCCAAAAGAGUUUUGAGCUAGACGAUAGACAUGAGGUCUAG